AUGAGCAGUGUGUCAGUCCUAGCAGUGAAGUUAUGUGGCCCCCUGGAGAGUUCCACAUGUUCAGUGGAGCAGAUGAAGAAAAUGGCAGAGUCAAGUGGCCAGAACAGCCCUGGGGGAAGAGCCCUCAGAGCGAACCUAAAACAAGACGAGGAAAGGCAAGGCCCGAAGACUAGAGUGGAAACUCCAUACAUAAUGUACGCCGUCCAGGAUGAAGAUGUGUACAGUGGGGCCAGCCCCGCCGCUGAGGAAGAUGACUUCGUUGACGGUUACAUAGAGUGCAUCGUGAUGGGGGAGUUUUCUGAGCCCGUUUUGGAAGAGGAUUUACUCUUUAAAUCCUUCGAAAACCUAGAGCAAGCUGAACAAGACCUUUCUCGCCAUGUUCUGGAAGCGAGUUCCCUUCUUGAGUGUUCUUUGGAAUACAUGACAAAGGGGAGGAAACAAGAGGAAAGAGAGGCCAAGCAAGAGCUGCCUCAGCAGUUUGUUGGCACGACCUCGGAACUUGGGUGUUCCGAGCCCAGGAGCAGCAGGCAGCUCCCGGGUUUACCGGCUCAUAAGCAGCUUGCUGGGUUUUCUGGAGGGAAGCCAAAGGGUGGGGAAUACAGUGCUGUGCUGCCGACACUGGAGUGCCCCCACGCCGGGUGCGAGAAGAAGCUGCGGGAUAAAACUGCCCUGAGGAAGCACAUGCUUGUUCAUGGGCCCCGGCAGCACGUGUGUGCGGAGUGUGGAAAGGCUUUUAUGGAGAGCUCGAAACUAAGGCGACAUUUUCUGGUUCACACUGGAGAGAAGCCAUUUCAGUGCACCUUUGAAGGGUGUGGGAAGCGCUUCUCGCUAGAUUUCAACUUGCGCACGCACGUCCGCAUCCACACGGGUGAGAAGCCUUACAUGUGUCCCUUUGAGGACUGUCAGAAGAGGUUUGUUCAGUCAAAUAACAUGAAGAUUCACAUCCUAACCCAUGCAAAGGCAGGGAAGAGAUGCUGA